AUGGGAGGAGGAAGCCAUGACAUCGCGGCAGCAGAAACACUGGAGGGGGACGAGGUCAUGAGCGAGGUGCACCUCGGCUGCCCACCUCACUACUCCGGGCCCUUCGUCUCCCGCUUCACCUUCUCCCUCCCUUGCUCAUCAGGUAUAAUCCCCCCUCCCUCUCUUCUCUCCCUCCUCCCUCCGAGGCACUGGGACCUUCAACGGUGGAGUCCGUCUUCAAGGGCCUGAGGAGGGAUUUUUCGGUGCGAAGAUGCUUUGUCAGAUGUUUCUCUAGGAUCAUCGGCACCCUUUACUCGACUGGCGCAGAUUGAGGGUUUAUCAGCUCAUCUACAUUCUAUUCAUGUUCUUCAUUUAGUUUCAUAUUUACCCUAUUUUCUAAAAUUUUCUUGAUAGAAGAGGACGAAGAUGGUGCACUUGAAGCUAGAAAGGGCGCAUCAGUCCAAGCGCAGAGCUUGGACGAAGAUGGAGAUCUCGUUCUUCCCAGACGACGGAGUAAUUCUCCAAUAUCCAUAGCCCUCUUAUGAUAUAAAUUUCGGGUUAUGGGCGAAUAAUGUAGGGACAAUUUUAUAGCCAGAAUCUCUGAAUCUUUUGGAAAACAAUGCGUUAAUGGAUGUCCUGCAGCAGUGCGUUGACUCCGCCGAAAUUCAUAUUGUCAGAAAGUAGAUGGUCUCAACCAUGACCACCAUCCAGGGAGAGAACCGAAGCCCCAUUUAGAGUCUGGGGCACAACGGUGUCAAGCAGAAUCUUCUCAGAACCCUCAUUCUCAGCAGCUUGAGCUCAUCUAAAGCUGGAAACUCCCAUCCAAGUCCCAAAUCCUAACUCAAUAAUCGAUCAUUACUUUCCUUACCUGAACCCAAAUUCAUUUAAUAGCCCAAGCCGGAAUAAAGCCCACUGCUUAGCUUAUCCGGUCUUGUAGCUGUACGUUGACUCUGGAUCUUUUGAAGAACAAUCCGUUAAUGAAUGCCCUGCAGCAGCACGUUAAUUCCGCUGAAGCUCAGAUUGUCAAGAAGUAGAUGGUCAGCCAUGAUCAGCAUCCAGUCGGAGAACCAAAGCCAUAUGUAGAGUCUCAGGCACAUCGGGUUAAGUAGAAUCUUCUCAAAAUCCACAUUCUCAGAAGCUUGAGUUCAUGCAAAGCUGAAAUCCCCAUCCAAGACCUAAAUCUGAGCUCCAUAAUCGAUCAUUACGCUCCUUACCUGAAGCCAAAUUCAGUGAAGAGACCGAGCCAGGGGGUAAAGCCAAGUGCCUAGCUUCUUGGAUCCCAGCUAGUAAGCCAUAAAGGAAGGAAAAAACUUGGACUGGCUGAUCUUCUCCUGCGUCAUUUCAUCUUCCUUCUACUCAUCUCAUUUUCUUUUCACAUGUCUAUCCACACUUCGCGCAUCAGUGGAGGAUUGGCCCCACACUAGUCUCUACUUGGAGUUUCCUCUGCUAACAUAUGGAUUCUUCUCGGCUUAACUGGUCGGACGGCCCACAUUGCCAUAUUUAGUUCCCAGAAAGGAUACAUUCCUUCGGUCAAUAUGAUAAAAAUAGAUGACUUGUGGCAAUCAAUCUUACACUCAAUCUGAAGAAGCACUUACACAUCAAGAAAACCGUAGGGAAAUAAGAAUCAUGUCUUGUUCUUGGUGUCUUUGCCUCUUGUUCGGGCAUAUUGGGUGAUCAAUCAAUGCAAUAUAGAUGAUGUGCUGUAUAUGAUUAUGGUUAGUACUUCCUUUCCCAUUGGUGCUUUCUUUCGGACACUCAUUUAUGGUUAGUUAUUUUUUGUGAUAUUUUACUUUCCAGAUUAAUGCUGUUAUGUUGAUUAUUUUGUAUCAGAUUAUUUCAAUGCCUCUGUGCACCAUCAAAUGAACUUUCGAGCAUCUAACAUUAUUGUUUGAAAUAAUACCAUAUGCAUGCAUGGAGAGACUUGCAAGAGCUACGAAGUGGCCAUCCAGCAUAGGAUAACGUCCACCAUACCAGACGUUGGAUUGCAGGUAGUAUUUGCGUUUAAAAUGAUCCAAAAGUUCAAAUUUUAAUAAUUUCCAGUUUCAUAUUAGGUGUGGAAAGCAGCAAUGGUGUUGGCUGACUUCGUUGUGCAUGUUACUGCCACAUCAUCUGAAUUUGAUGGCAUUACCGCGUUAGAACUUGGAGCUGGAACAGGUGAGAUCGAUGGUGUUUUAAAACUGAUGACCAUUUCGUUUUUUUUUUUUUUUUUUUUUGUCGUUGCAUAAUGGAUUUACUCAGGUGCAUGAGAUGAAUGGCCCUUGAAGAUGAUUUUUUAAUGAAUAAAAAAAUCUUUUUUAUCAACUAUAAAGCCCCAAAACUCAGUGGAGAGAAAGAAAAUACUCACAGCAUUGCUCAAUUUGGAGAUGUGUAUUUAUAUAUCUAUAGUGUCUUAGCAGAUUUUUACUUGCGUCAUUGGAACAAGAGAUGUUCCAUGCUGCAGAAUUCUCAAGCACCAUUGGAAUCAGACAUCAUAUUAAGUCUUAGCAGAUUUUUCCUUUUUUUUCUUUCUUUCUUUCUAUAGUGGAGAUUUUAUCCAUAUUAAGACAUCAUAUCAUACUAAAAGCUUGUUGUAAGAAUGUAUUUUUAUGCAAUUCAUAUUGAAUCAAUAUCUGGCUGCCAAAUCCGUAACUUUCCAUGUUGUUUGUAGAUCUUUUUGUCUAAAAGGUGGUCUUUGAACAGGCUUUGUGGGUAUUCUACUUGCACGUAUUUCUAGGAGGGUUUUCUUAACAGGUAUGCUACUUGUGGAUCAUCCCUUUCGAUACUUACUCUUAUCAUUCGACAUCUCCCCCUUUUAUGAAUGAACAUGUCAAGAUGGAUCCAAUUGCUAGGAAACUAUGCCCAUAUAUUUCCCAUUCCAUUCAAACAUCCCCAGCCUUUGGUAGGAACCUAAUUGGAUGAUGUGGAAGGAAGCAGCAAGAUCAGAAAUAAGUUUCAUUGAAAAAUGAUUGCAUUUCUUGACCCGGCAUUCUACAGACAGGACUGCUGAAAUCCUCGACAACUGUGCUACCAAUGUUCGUCUGAACUCCGCCGCAUUCAACCAUGGCGCGGCUGCAGUUUGUCUGCGCGAGGUUGAUUGGGGAAAGGGGUGGCCGCCGACUGUGGAGCAGUGCGUCCUCUGAACCAGGGAGCUGCAGUCAUCUUUCAAAUUACUUUCUCUCUCUUGUUUUGUAUGCUGUGAAGGGCAGGAAGAGGAUGAGCCCUUGUGAACUAGGCUUCUUUCAGCAGGCGGGCUCUCUGAUUGAAUGGAUGGUGUAACCCAGGUCCAGGUAUUCGUGGAGCUCUGCGGAGAUUGAGGAAGCUGAGGGUGUCUCUGUGCUGUUGGCCGCCGACGUGAUCUACAGCGAUGAGCUGACCGACUUGUUCUUCGGCAUUGUGGAGGGAUUAAUGUCUCGAGGCUCUGAGAAGGUAGAGGAGCAGAGAAGCAGCAGCAGCCACAUUGUCUUCCAUGAAAGUGGGAGAAAAGGGUGGUAAUCUUUUCUAUACCUUUCCUUUUCAGGUACUCUACUUGGCGUUGGAGAAGAGGUAUAAUUUCAGUCUCGAUGAUCUCAACGUCGUCGCAAAUGGGUAUCAGCAUUUCCGAAGCUAUUUCAGAGAUGAAGAAGGUCGGUUUUUUUCCCACUGUUUCUCCACGUGUCAUUUUUUGAUUGGCUGUGUUCAUGGGUUGGUGUUGGUCCUUUGACAUCAUUGAGCAUUUUACAGUUCCAUUUUUGGAUGCCUCGCUGACCGGGAGGUGUGACCCACCGGAUCGUCUUGUCCUGUGUUGCCACGUGCCAGAAUGCGGUCAACUUGGGGCCACGUCAUCAUUGCCGCGCUUUGUGGGCCAUCAGAUCGACCUUGCUUCGGUCCCCUGCUACCUGCAAGGGUAUGAUGGAGGGGAGGACCUGGAGUUGUGGAAGAUCACCUACGCCAGCACUCCUGCGAGGAGCACCGCCUGA